AUGUUGUUUAUUCGAGCAGGAAAUGAUCCAUCAUUCGAUAAUAUAACAGCAGUUCUGAAUCAAAAACCAUUUGGUAAAAGAUGUGAAUACAAAGUAUAUCAGAAUAUGACACAUGGGUUUGUUAGUGCUGGAGCUAAUUAUUCAAAUCCAGUAAAUGUAGCCGCAAUCGAUGAUGUACAUCAGACAUUGCGAACAUAUUUGAGCAAGACAGUGGCUUCUACCUAUCCAUUUGGAACAGUCCACAGCAUAGCUGGCAGUGAUUUAAAAGUCUACGAUGUCGUCGGUAAUAAUGGAGCGACAACAAAUAACAACGUUGCUAUGAUCGUUCUCUACGAUAUACGUGAGGUAAGUUCACAAAAACAACAUAGCAGAUUUUUAUCUUUCUUAAGAAUUCCAGAUCAGCCAACAGCAAAUGCAACUUGGCCACGUGUCGAACAAGAUUUACUAACUGUCAACACCUAUCUUCAAUCACAAAAGUAUACGACAAUCGGCCUCAUCGGUUUUUGCUGGGGUGGUCUGCGAGCAUUGAAAGCAUGUGGUAAUGGUAAUAAUGUCUCGUGGACCAAUACACCAUUCUUCACUGGUAUUAGUAUUCAUGGUUCAGGACUUAAUGUAGCAGAUGCAGAUGUACUUCAGGUUCCAAUGUUGUUUAUUCGAGCAGGAAAUGAUCCAUCAUUCGAUAAUAUAACAGCAGUUCUGAAUCAAAAACCAUUUGGUAAUAAAUGUGAAUACGAAGUAUAUCAGAAUAUGACACAUGGUUUUGUUAGUGCUGGAGCUAAUUACUUGAAUCCAGAAAAUGUAGCUGCAAUCGAUGAUGUACAUGGAAAAUUACGAGCAUAUCUGAGCAAGAUAGUUGGUAAUGGCUCUGAAAACAUAAAAGCAUCAUUUAUAACAAUCGUGUUUUUUGCUUUCUUUGUGAAAAAGUUUUCAGCUUUUUUCUAG